AUCUCAUUAGGUUGGGUAAUGUUUGUCAUCUAUGAGAAGUGUCGCUAAACUUCUAGACUGAAUAAACGCACGCUAUAGACAAAUGGACCUGGAUUAAUCCAUAUGUCAAUUCGUAUAUGUUGAAAAUUUGUGUGAUCUAAUUAGAAAUUUCAUUACUCCUUUGAAAUAAGCAAGUUCUGACUGUUCAAAGAUAACUGCGACGCAAAGUCGAGAGGAUGAUCUUGAGAGAAAGUAUUUUAAGGAUGCUCGUCAUCUUAGUUAUGGUGACUUGUUAUUCUUGCUUUACUCGAGGAUUAACCAAUGAAGAUUUUGGAAAAGCUCAAUCUUUUAUUCGUAAAGAUGAAGGCAAGAUUAAGUCAAGUUUAACAAAAGUAAACUGCGAUGACGAAGAUGAUUGCGGUAGCGGCUUUGUUGGCUCAAAUGAAAGGGGAAAGGACAAAGGAACGUAUGAAGUGAUGUCAAAGGAGGUUCAUUUUCUGGAUCCUCUUCAUGCCUUCAUGGCUGAUGGGAGUGGUGAGCACGAAAAACCAUCAAAAACUACCGAGGAUGAGAAUAAUGGCCAUUACGAGGUAAUGUUCGAAUCAAUGUUAGAGAAUAGUGUACCAUCGAAUCACGAAACCCUUGAUGCUUUUACCGGUGACAGCUUAAAGAAUAAUUCCUCUGACAAAAAAGAUGAUAAACGUUCGUACGAAGUCAUUUCUAUAUCUAUGGAAAAUUUAGAUCAGUUUUCCAAAGAUUGCGAUGAUGAGGAUGCAUGUGGCAGCGCACAGCGUGUCAAAGAUGUGUUUGAUGGUGACAGUAAGAAAGAGGGCGAGAAAUCAGAUGGCAAUUAUGAAAUUAUUUCAUUGUCAGUGAAGGAACAGAUUCCCAUUCCGUUCGAUACUUUUAUGUCAGAGGAGAGAAAGGGAAACGGAGACUACGAUAUCAUAUCUCAAUCAACAAGCCCUUUGGAUAAGGUUAUUAAUAGAGAUUGUGAUGAUGAGGAUGACUGUGGAAGUGCAGCAGAUGUAUUCAGAACUAAAGGCAAUAAAGACAAGGUGAACGUCCAAGAGUUUCCGGGAACUUACGAAGUAGUUAUGACGAAAAUUAUCGAAAACGAUAAGUCGCCCUCUUUUCACCUUAAAGAACCUUCAGGUCAUUUUGGUCAAACCAAACAAGACAUUCCUCCUUAUAAAGUGGUUUCCAAGUCAAUUGUGAAGAUAAGUCCCGACGUGAACUGUGACGAUGAGGACGGUUGUGAUGAGAGAGAUACCUCCCAACAUGAGGCUGGUUCUGGUGGGUCAAGGAUUGAUAUCGAGUGGACCAAGGGAAAGGAAUUUGAUACCAAUGGUGCGACUUAUGAAAUCAUUUCACGACAAUUAUCUAAGCUACCAGAUGUCGAAGAGUUACCGAUAGUGAAUUGCGAUGAUGAGGCAAAUUGUUAUAGUUUUGACGAAAGACGUGCUCUAUCGCCUCAGGUAGAUGAACAAAAUCUGGUUCAUUGUAAAAAACAAGCUAUUUCCAAGAUCGAAAAAUUUAUCAAACAAAGUAGCGAAGAAUCUCCAUGUUCUGAAUUUUCUCCUGAUGCAUAUUUUUUCUCUGGAACUUCAUUUGCGAAAUUACCAUCACUUGGACCGGGCGCUCAAGACUAUGUAGAAAUCGAACUAGAAAUAUUGCCCAUAGAAGAGACUGGGAUAUUUCUUUAUAAUGGAUGGCAAGCCGAUAAAAUUGGCGACUUUCUUUCAUUGUCCCUUAACGAUGGCGUUAUCGAAUUCAGUUUUAACUGUCGUUCUGGACCAGUGAAAAUCAGGUCUUUGAUAAGUAUAGAAGCAAACACGUGGACUAAAAUCAAGUUCUUCAGAACUGGUCGUCUCGGCAGCCUUACCAUCAACGAACGUCAUACUUCAAUGGGAGUUUCUCCCGAACCUCGAAGUGCACUCACUCUUCAAAGGAACCUUUUGGUUGGUGGAGUUCCAAAGAAACUGACGAAAGAAGUCGAGUUCAAUGUUGGUGUAGUUAAAGGAUUUCAUGGCCACAUUCGCCAACUUAAAAUUCAAGGCAGAACGUUUGAUUUGAAUUUGGCCAAGAAAAAGCCUUCUAAAAAUCUGUGUGUACCAUCGCCUUGUAGAAAUAAAGGAAAAUGUUUUGAAGAAAAGGAACAGUACACGUGUUUAUGUAUGCCCUCAUUUGUUGGACGGCACUGUGAAAUUGACCUAAAACCCGUGUCCUUCAACGGUCGCGGAUUUGUUCGAUUUAACACAAGCGGAUUGAUGGAAAUAUUGAAAAGUGAUGGUGGUAUUUUGACAUUUUCUCUCAAGACCACGAUGUUGAAAGGAAUUUUAUUGUGGGAAUCUCGGAAAGUUGGCCAGUUUUUUCAAAAAUACGUUUCAGUUGGUCUUUCAGUUGGCUUCGUUUCAUUAAGUUACAAUUUGGGCGCUGGAAAACACCAGUUUUUUUCUAAAGUUGCAGUUAAUGACGGUGAAUGGCACGAGGUAUCCAUUGAAAGAAAGCAAGAGUCAUGCCACUUGAUUGUUGAUGGUGCUAACAGUGUGGACUUUGAUUGUCGAAAUAAAGGCUUCCAACUUGAAUCUGCUCAUCAAAUUUUUAUAGGUGGAGUACCUAAUCCAACAGUAGUGACAAAAAGACUAUACACAAACGGAUUCCAAGGUUGCCUCAGAGAUUUUGUGAUUAAUUUGACCCAUCUUGAUUUUACUCAUGAUUUCAUGGAAAAUCACGAGAUGGGUGUUUGCAAUGAUGUUUAAAUCGUUUAACUUCAUUUUGAAAACAAACAGUUAAGAUUAUAAGUUAAACUUUAUUAACAGGAAAAUGAUAAGUUUCAGUUUUUAAACAAAUAUAAAGCUGAUUCAAAAUUGAUUACCUCUUUGAAAUUAAUUAGAAACUAAGUAAAAGUACUUAGCACCAAGUUCAUAUGUAGAAGUUGCUGGUAUAGAUAUGGAUUAUAGCCAAAAGAUAUAGUUACAUUAAUGAAAUGUGUUAUUCAAUUCAGAGUAUAUAUAAUGAAUCUGAGAACACUAUUAAAUAGUAUAUGCUUUUUCAUUCAGCAUUUAAAAUAUUUGGCAGUUAUAGUCUGGUAGAACUUAUGUAUUAGAAUCAUAUAUGUAAUUUCAGUGUGUUCAAAGAAUGGAAACUGCCUAGCAUACAACAUUGUCCUUAGGAUUUGUGAACAUAUGAAUGUAAACUACAUAUCUCUGUAGCAAAUGCUAUUUAUAUUUAAGAGUUGAAAUAAAAAAUGCUGAUUUUGAAAAA